GCCAGGGCAGCUAGCGUCGCUCACGCCGCCUCAGCCGCUUCUUAACCGCCAUCUUUCAUACGGGUAGCUGGGGCCGCCAAGGUAAAGAGGUCAUAUUUCCUCUCCGCCCUUUCUCCGAGCGGAAGUGAUGCCAUCGUGCUAUUCUAACGUCGCAGAAAGUGGUUUUCUCUCUCUAUGGUUCUUCCUUCCUCUCUGUCUUUCUCCCCCGCCGCCCCCCAUUUCUUUUCCUUCGCCGUGACUGGAAAUGGCCGCCGAGCGGUAGAGAGCCGAACGGGAGCUGUCGCUCAGAGAAGGGUGAGCCAUAGCCAACGCAGGACUUCGAACGGCCCGAGGAGGGCUGGAGCCAGAGCGGUCUUCUGCCUGCUCGGGUUCUUCCUCGGGCGCCAUGGGUGCCCCUCCCUCCAAACGCGCCCCCCCCCGUCAGCUUUCGGAGCUCCGGCGCGAGAAGCCUCGUUCGCGCGCUCGGCAACCCUCCCUCCCCUGCUUCCAGACGCCGUUAUUUUUUGAAAAAUUCCCUCGAGUUCUUCCCUUCGCAACCCCCCCUCCCUUUUUCUAACUGAAGGCGGGGGAGGGGCUUGGUCUGCCUCACAAGGGCGGGAGGAACGGAGGGGGAGGGGGACUAGAGGCGGCUCCCAUCUCCCUCACACACACACUGCGCGCAGCCUCCCUUGUUUGGACCAGGCCCGUCAUCUCUCCCCGUUCCCUCCCGCCUCUUUCCCCCAUGGGGCUGGGGGAGGAAACAGGUAGGCCGGAACGAGGCCGGCUGGGCGGGGCCAAAGAGAGCGGUCCGCCUCGCCCCUCGAGAGCAGGCGGGGGGGGGGCGUCGCUUUCUGAUUAGUCUCUUCCGCGCGACGAGCGGCGCCUGAUAACGUUUUGACUUGCCUCCAUCUUUCGCCAUCCCGACCAGUCGGUUGAAGGGCGACGAGGUGUAGCUAGGGGGAAGGAGAGAGACCUUGGCAAGCCUCCCGGCACACUCGCUACACCGAGGGCCCUAAAUGGAUGCCUCGAACACGCAUGUCGUCAUGCACGUGCCCUGCCAGACAGCUGCCCGUAACUGGCUGCGGCUCCCAGUUGAGCACCAGACCUUUUGUUGAGAAAGGCGAAAAGGUGUGCAGAAUAGUCAGUGGAUCGUGCCUUCUUCACACAGUGCCAGGACUCUGGGCAAGUCCGCACGAUUAAACUUGCUUCCAAAUGAUGGUCAAGAGUUUCCAGGGAGGCCUUAUCUUGGAGAAAGGGGGUGUAUCCUUAAGAAUUUCAUUACCAACAGAUACAAAAAAUGACUUAUCACAGUAAUUUGCAGUAUCUUUCGACUGCAGCAGUGUGUGGAUAUUGCCCCAGGCUCAUGCAAAUGUGUCCUCUGAGAGCAGCAUCUGGAGGUAAAAUUUACAGUGUGAUCCAAGCCCUUUCAAUUCAUUUCAUGUGAUUGAACUUACCCAAGUCAAAGCAAGAAAAGAGUUGUUAAUUAUGACUCUUUCCCCCAUUCUCCACAGUGAACUUGGUAUAAUUAUUAUUUGGCACUUGGGAAGCUGCCUUACACCAAGUCAGCUCAUUAGUCUUGAUAGUGGUGGUAGAAUUUUCCAACAUCAACAGAGGCUUAUCAGAAAAAACAAGCUGGAUCAGUAAACCAUGCAAAAUGCAGCAGGAACACUCCUUAGUGAAUGGGUGUGUCAUGCUUAUUAUUAUUUUAAGCACUAUAACUGCUGUACCAAACUAGCUCUCAUUUAUAUAUCCUGGGAGUGUGUGCUGGAGGGUGGCUCAUAGCUUUUCUUUUUUAAUGUUUUCUUUAAUGAGAUUUGCAAAGACAAUAAACAAAAAACAACAACACAUCAAGCUGAAAAAAUAUUGAGUACCUUCUUAGGACCUUGAGGGAAGACAGAAGGAAGAAGUUUAGACCAGGGAGCAGAUUUCAUCAGCUCCUGACAGAACCAUCACAGUUCUACAGAACUCUUAGGCCAGCAGAAGGGUGGUAUAUAAAUGACAUAAAUUUAUAUUUCUCACAGCAAGUUAGGCUAUAUUAAGGUUUUCUCCAUUUCAUAUUAGGCUGAGCAUCUAAGAGUUAUUGCUGUAGGGUUAAUAAGUAACAGCACUGUUACUAGUCAGAACUUUUUAAAAAGAGAGUCCGUUGUACUUUCCUGUUAAAAGUGUUAGAAGUAUAAAUCACUUUAAAAGUGGCUAGUAAGUGGUGCAGAUUAGUAUGUGCAGUAUUUUUCUCCCAUUAUGGAUUUGUCAUAGACUUGCAGUUCUGGAAGAAUUGUGAGAUGUGUUCAUUUGGGUUGGUUGUUACCAGAUAACAUUAAAAAUGUGUGAUUAAUUUUAAUCUGGCUUUUUAAAAUAAAAAAGUUCAUUUUUAUUUUGCUAAAUGUCUAGGCUUACAUUGCUUGGUCUGAGGACACACAUUGAAGCUUAAGUUAAACAAGUCUGGUAGCUAGUUAGGACCUGGAUGGGAGACCACCUGAUAAUCCCAUAUAAGCCACUUUGAGCUCUAUGGUGAAAGAAAGACAGGAUAUAAACACACUAAAUAAAAUAAAUUCUUUAACUAUGCUGGAAUACUGAAAAUUACAUUCAUAUUCAUAAGAGAGGCAGGUAUUGAGGUAUAAGCAACCAUAUAUGUUGAGCAUAUAUUUUUUGUGAUUCAUUGAGAGCUCUUACAUUCAGAAAAGUUUCUCUGUGUGUCCCUGAUACCAUUGUUCAGCACUUUAGGUGGAUUAGGCACUGCAUUCAGAGGCAAAGAGCAUUGGCACCUUCACAUCAGGAUAGGGCCUUAGAUUUAGGUUUCCUGUUGCUCCCAAGCAGGUAAGGGGCUCUGACUAAGCUCUGGCUUUUAUGCCCCAAACCCAAACCUCUUUAUUAAUUUGUGGCACCACAAUAGGUGGUGGCACUAGGAUAGGUUACUGUAAGAUACAAGAACGUUGUGAGACAAUACUUAUAUAUUCUUACUGAGCAAUUUUUGGAAAGGCCAAUAAAUUAAGUCAAUGUGAACAUGUACUGUAUUUCUGGACAACCAACUUAAACUCAGCAGGCUGUGAGACAGUGUUGCACCGAGUAAAUGCUACUCUGAGUUUGAAACAACAUAACCCACCACAUCAGACUGUGCUUCAGAUCUUCUCUGUUUAAAUACUUCAACCAUUUUUUAAAACCUGUAUUAACUAUUCAGUCAAAUAACAUCCUCUUUUGUUUUGUUUUUUAAAAACAGGAAUUAAACAUUUGAGAAUUUUAAAUCCAUUGCUUGUCUAGCAGGAUUGCAAGGUAAGCUAAAUACUUAGCUAUUUUAAAUAUUUUUAAGACCAUUAAAAUUCAAAAAUAUUUUAAAUAUUUUGUUGGAAGCCGCCCAGAGUGGCUGAGGAAACCCAGCCAGAUGUGCAGGGUAUAAAUAAUUUGUUGUUGUUGUUAUUUUAUUAAACCAUAUCAUUUAUAGUUUCAUUUGGGGGGAUGGAGACAGUUUGCUGGCAUCCGUCUGUCUCAAGAGACAACGGAGUGCAUCUCGGGGGGUGAAUUCAAACCUCUGGAGAAUCACAGCACCUGCUGUGGCUACAGAGAUUGGUACUUUGUAACUGCUCCCAAAAAGAAUUGGUGUUUUGAGUGACUUUCUGAGUUAUGGAUCAAAGGUAGAUAUUUGGGGUAAAGAACAGUAGAGUAGUUAGUGACUAUUUUUAGUUCAAUAUAGACAAGGAUAAAUGAAAGGUCUUUUUAAUCAAGAAAGGAACAGCGCACACACAAAAAUGCAUAAGCAUUAAAUGUAUUCAGUGUGAAUAUUGAAAGAAUAGUUGACAUUUUUGUUCCCUGUUACCUAUAGUGCUUUCCACUGAUCUUUGCCAUGAUGUGGGACAUAAUGUUUGAGGAGAUUAGUGAUAAUUUGAAAAGUUUUUUUGGAAGGGUGGAAUGGCUUCUACUUGAAUUUUUUUUUAAAAAAAACAUAAUUUACCACUAUCCAUAUAUGAAUUGAUCAUCCUGAAACUAAGGUAAUGUGUUUCAAUUUACUAUUUUCUAUUUGGUAGGUGUAAGCUACUGGGGGAAAAAUGGGUCGCUCUAACACUAGAUCACAUUCUUCAAGAUCAAAAUCCAGAUCACAGUCCAGUUCAAGGUCAAGAUCCAGAUCACACUCUAGAAAAAAGAGAUACAGGUACAUUUCCUACAUUUAUUAACUUUCUCAGUGGUUUAAUUUUUUUUUAACAUUUGAAAGACAGACUUUAUUAUCAGCAGAAAUUUGAAAUGCAUGCUAAGAAUCACAUAAUAGCUUAAGUGCUGUUUUGAGAAGAUUCAACUGAUUUUAGAAUACAUUUUUUGCUUUGGCUACUGAAGCUUGUAGACUACCGUUGGGUGUGGAGUAGUUGCAGAGGAUGUACAGGACUUAAUGCUUAUAGCAGAUGAAAUGUCAAGAAAGAAAUGCUUAUAAACAAGAGAAACCAAGGGAAUUAGUUGCUCUGAUUCUUUACCCUGACUCUCCCCAGCCCCCUCCAGCUCCCAUCAUAUAAACAGAAAGAGUAGCUAUCUGCACAUUUCUUUGAAGGAGGGCUUCUAUAUUUUAUUCCAUUAAUAGAGCACUUUGAACCUCAAAGGCUGCUGUUCAGAGUGCCUCCUGACCUUAAUGGAGCUACUUGGGGCAGAGGUCUGUCUGGGCCAUGCCACUGUACAUAAUAUGGGUAACUCUUAUUUUAGAACAGUCAUAAACUAUGGGCACUAACAUUUCUAUUUAUCUUAGUUCUAGGUCUCGGUCUAGGACGUACUCACGAUCUCGCAGUAGAGAUCGUGUUUAUAAUAGAGAUUACCGCAGAGAUUACAGAAAUAAUAGAGGAAUGAGACGCCCCUAUGGCUAUAGAGGAAGAGGUAGAGGAUAUUACCCAGGAGGUGGAGGUAGAUACCACCGUGGAGGUUACAGACCCGUUUGGAAUAGAAGACACUCUCGAAGCCCUAGACGAGGUCGCUCACGUUCUAGAAGUCCAAAGAGAAGGUCAGUCUCUUCCCAGAGAUCUCGGAGCAGAUCUCGCCGAUCCUACAGAUCUUCCAGGUCUCCAAGAUCCUCUUCAUCUCGGUCUUCAUCUCCAUAUAGCAAGUCUCCCGUAUCUUCUAAAAGACGUGGGUCAUCAGAAAAGCAAGCAAAGAAAACGGAGGGAGCUGCUUUACAAGACAGUCCAUUAAAAAAUAAAUCACAAGAGGAGGAGAAGGGUGCAUUUGAACAUGAUCCUUCUGAAGCACUAGAUGAUUUCAGUAAAUCUGCAGCAGCUUCAGGUGAUAUUUGGCCUGGCCUUUCAGCAUAUGAUAACAGUCCGAGGUCUCCCCAUAGUCCUUCUAUUGCUUCCCCACCUAGUCAGAGUUCCUCAUGCUCUGAUGCCCACUUACUCAGCACAGUCCACUCAGCAAAAAACACACCUCAGCACUCGCAUUCCAUUCAGCAUAGCCCUGAGAGGUCUGGGUCUGGCUCCCUUGGAAAUGGCUCUAGUCGCUAUAGCCCUUCCCAGAAUAGCCCACUGCAUCACAUUCCUUCAAGGAGAAGUCCUGCUAAAGCAGUUGCAUCGCAGAAUGCUCCACGUGAGGAAUCUCGGAUACGUUCUUUUUAUCCUGAAGCUGGGGAUCAAGAAAGUACAAAGGGUGCAAAAUUUCUGAAAAGGUAGGAACCAUAACUACAAAAAUAAAAGAUAAUAUAAAUAGUACAGUAAGCAUACUUCUUUAUACAUGUAUAUUGUGCAGUGAAAAGUACCUGAAUUUUCUCUAAUUUUAUGCUGGUUAUACUAAGGUUCUGACUUAGGAAUGUAUACAUGAACUUUUCAUUGUUUCUCAGUCAGAGCUGUAAAUAUACGUUUUCAUUAGUAUGUUACAGUGUCUUCAUUGGAAGCAAUUAAAGAAGAAAUAUACUGCCGAUUAAUGUGUAUUAACAGUCCUGUUAUGAGAGUGAUUUUCCCAUAUUUUUUACAGCUUUAAUAAGAGUUGCUCUAGCAGUGUUAAGCAGUAGUGCUGAAAGAUCCUUUUGUCUUGGUAAAGGAAAUACCAUUGUGGUGGCCCAGAUUUUUCAAAAGUGCAAGAUUGUAUCUAUCUUCAGUAGAGAAAUUGUUAAAUUUAAACUGGACAUUGGCAACUUUCUAGCUGACAAGGUUCUCACCUUUGUUUAUAAUGUAUCUGUAGAACUGAACAUAGCUGUAACCAUUUAUGCAAUGUUGUGUCUUUUAAAAAUGAAAUAAUCAACCAGUUGGAAAUCUGUUUCUCUGAGCUCUGCAGGAUAGAUAGAACAAUUCUGUUCACUUCUCAAUUUACUGAAUAUAUCUUCUGAAAUAUAUUAUUUUUUAUAAAGGAAAAAUUGUUCUAUUAGCUUAGUAAUAUAUAAUAAAUGGCAUACAAAUAUUGUAGAAGAUUACAAAUGAAAUAGACUAGGGGGCCUAGAUGUACUUUUAAUAUAUAGGAUAGAGACUGAAAACCACAUUGCAUUGCUUCAGUAACUGCUUUGGCAAAUGCCUUGCAAUUUAUUGUAUCCAGAUUGUAAGUGUGUUCUACUAUGUAAGCAGUGUAAGAAGACAUUUUUAUAAGCUGUUUUUUUGACAGUGUUAUAUGCUCUGAACUUCUGGAAUUAAAUGGGAUACAGAUACUGUAUUUGUGCUGAAAUGUAUUUAAGAAAAAUAAUGAUUUGUAAAAGAGAGCAGUUUUCUUACAAAAUAAAAUAGGCACAGAAGUACAGGAACUUGUGCAAGAAAUAGUUUAAAAAUCUGAAGAGCCACUGAAGAAUCUCAUCAGUCAAUAUAUAAAAAACGUUAUAAUUGUUUAAUUAAAUUUGUUUGCUUUGUUACUCAUUUUGUGGAGUUGGGAUGCCAUAAGGAUAAAUGCUACAAACUGAAAUGAAAGCAGUUGGGAGUUAUUCUUCUCUUCUUUGCCAUCCACAGGUACACAGAUGAAGAGUCUAGAGUAUACCUGCUUGAGAGGAGUAAUGCUAGGGAGAAAGAUGCUCAGAAGGAGAGAGGGCUAGAAAAAGGGAGGACAGAGGGAGAGAGAGAGUGGGAGGACCAAGAAGCUUUGGAAUAUUAUAUGGAUAAAGAAUCUGGAAAACAAAAAUUUAAUGACUCUGAAGGGGAGGACACAGAGGAGACUGAAGAUUAUAGACAGUUCAGAAAGUCUGUUUUGGCAGAUCAGGGUAAGGGCUUUGCUGCAUCUCACCGGAAUGCUGAGGAGGAAGGCUCAAAGUAUAAAUCUAAAAUCUCUCUGAAGGCAAACAGAGACAGUGAAGGAUUUAGAGAAGAUAAAAGUUACAAGCUUAAAGACACAACUAGCUAUGUAGUGGAGAGGCCUAGUGCACUAAAAGAUAAGCACAAGGAAGAUGAGAAAGUAUCUGAGAGAAUGAUGAAGAAAGAAACCCAGUCACCUGAGCAGGUAAAGUCUGAGAAGCUCAAAGAACUCUUUGAUUAUAGUCCUCCCCUGCACAAGAAUUUGGAUGCAAGAGAGAAAUCUACUUUCAGGGAGGAGAGCCCACUUAGGAUCAAAAUGAUAGCCAGUGAUUCUCAUCGACCUGAAGUUAAACUUAAAAUGGCACCUGUACCACUUGAUGAUUCAAACAGGUAAUUAUCUGAAUUUGUAACCAUUUUCACUUAUCCAUGAAGGAAUUGCUUUUCAUAAAUUUUUGUUCUUCUUUUUGUGUUAUGCACUUUAGACCUGCUUCCUUGACUAAAGACAGGCUGCUUGCUAGUACACUUGUCCAUUCAGUCAAGAAGGAGCAAGAAUUCCGAUCCAUCUUUGACCACAUUAAGCUACCACAGGCCAGCAAAAGCACAUCAGAGUCAUUUAUUCAGCACAUUGUGUCCUUAGUUCAUCAUGUCAAAGGUAUGCUUUGAAUUUGCCAUACAAAGUGAGCAUCAUAUGGCAUUAGGAAAGUGAUGGUGAAGUCAAUCCAUUGGGAAAUUCAGCACUUUUAUGUUCAUGUAGACUUCAUGCUUUCCUCUUAUGGUUAUAUAUCCUAACAUUCAGCAUUCUAGGAAAUGGAUAUGUAGAUUUUGAUGAGUGUUGCAUAGUUUUAGAGAAGCUUUGGCAGAUUUUACUUAAAUUAUUCCUCUUUUCCCUGGAUUCCGAUGAAAAGGAGGAGGAAAUGAGAUGGAGAUUAAAGAGAUGUGUAGGACAGAGAGAUGGGAAAAGAUGGGGAUAAUAGAGGUGAGAGAGCAGAUAGUGUUAAGGGAUACACAGUGAAAAGAUGGGGGAAACAGAAAUUGAGCUGCAGAGACCCCUGUAGGUGGGGAGGAAAUAUUAAAAAGAGGGUUAACUGAGAAAGGUUUGGGUGGAAAGAUGAGUGUGUGCUAUGAUGUACAGAGCAACCUAGUUAGAGAUGACUAAAUAAAGUGCUGGCAUAAAAUCAUAACAUUGUGGGAAAUAUAGUGGUUUCCUAAUAAGAAAGUGGCCCUCAGGGUGAUUUGAGUUGUGUGCCUCUGGCGUAGGCCAGUCUCUUGCAUCUAAUUGUGUGCAUGUGUAUCUGAUACAGUUACAACUUGCUGAGAUUUCAUCUGGUCUUGAAUAAUUUUGGUUUGCACUACAUGUCAAUAUAAAAGAGAAAUGCAGCAUAACGUCUUUUUAGUUAAGUCUUCUUGAUCCUUACUGUCACACUCCAGUAGGAAUUCUGUAGUGACAAAUUAAGUCAUCCUCAUGUCAAUAUGUAGUGGAACUAAGUGCAUUGCUGACUAAAUAGCCUUGCAUAGGUGUAAGUGUUUGUUUUUCAACUUACAGCCAGAAGUUGGGUCUCCUGCUCCAGUGUAAGGAGCUUAGGCAGUCCAUUUAUAGCUGGGUAGGCCUUGGAUGGUACCCAAAGGGCAGAGAUUGGCAUGGGAGUGUGAAGUUGCUGUAUUUUUCGCUUGAUAACACGCACCCAACCAUAACAUGCAUGCAGUUUUUAGAGGAGGAAAACAAGAAAAAAAAUAUUCUACACGAAACAGUGGAUGUAUGAUUUUUGUGGUUCAUGCUGAUCUGAUGGUGAGUUUGGGGUAGCCCAAUGCAAAAAUCCUGAGGAUCCAUGUGGAUCCAUGUUUGUAACCACGUUUUUGCACCACUGCGGCCCCAGGCAACAGUGGGUGCGUGAUUUUUUUGGUGCAAACGGUAGCCAUGGGCAUGCUAUGUGAUCUGAUGGUGAAUUUGGGGUGACCCAGUGCAAAAAUCCUGAGGAUCCAUGUGGAUCUGUGCUUUGUAACCACGUUUUAAGUGGGGAGGGAAGGAAAAGCACUCAAGGGACAAGGAGCACACGUGGAGCAAGCUCUGCUUCUCUCCCUCCUCCCCCCCCCCCUUAGCGAGCUGAAAAACUUUGCUGGAGGGACAGAGAGCCUGCUUGCUUUAAAGGAGCCUACCGGACUCCGGUAGGCUCCUUUAAAGCAAGCAGGUUCUGCUUCUCUCCCUCCUCCCCCCCCCCCCCUUAGCGAGCUGAAAAUCUUUCCUGCUAUUUCCAGCAAAGCGGGAGAAGAGCCGCUGAGUGGGGACGAGAGAGAUACAGAGAGCCGAGUGUAAGCGGCUACUGUCCGGUAGGCUCCUUUAAAGCAAGCAGGUUCUGCUUCUCUCCCUCCUCCCCCCCUCCCCCCCCCCGCUUAGCGAGCUGAAAAUCUUUCCUGCUAUUUCCAGCAAAGCGGGACGAGAGAGAUACAGAGAGCCUGCCUGCUUUAAAGGAGCCAACCGGACAGUAGCCGCUUACACUCGGCCUCCCCUCCCGCUUUGCUCCUUUAAAGAAGCAGGCACUCUGUCCCUCUCUCCUCUCCAUUCAGCGGCUCUUCUCCCGCUGGAAACCACAGAGGAGGGAAGCAUUCGCUCCGUAACACGCACAGACAUUUCCCCUUACUUUCUAGGAGGAAAAAAAUGUGUGUAAUGGAGCAAAAACUACGGUAGUUGUCCUUAGGUACCUGUACAGGGCUGAACUUCAAAAUCAUUAGUUGUUUGGGAAUCCAGAGACACACAGCAUUGCAUAGCCCCAGUGGGCAAAUGGAAUGCAUGCUCCUCUCCAUAGUUGCAUACUCUAUUUUGAGAUGAAUAUGAAUAAUGUCAUAUAAAAUCCCCCAGUGUGCCCCCUCCAUAGUCCCAUGAACUCUCUGAGUGACCUCCAUUGUCAUGUGAGUGGACUUCCACUUGCUCAAUGGGACUUCCUAUUUCUCUUCUCCACCCUGUUGCCCUCUGCAGAUCUUCUCUGAAAGGUCUCUGAACUAUCAAGCAGAUUUGAGGGGCAUGGGAGCUAAAAGUGGGAAGAGAGGAAGGGGAAGUUUGAUUGUACAAAGAAAUAUAUUACACAGUUGGAACUGUGGUCUUGGAUGUUACCCUUUCUGUGCAUAGGAGCAGAUCUACUAAACACUAUGGGUAAGAGCAAUCUGAUGUCACUUGGAAGUACAGGGGGCACAGACAGACAUUAUAACCCCAGCCUCAGUGCACUGGACCACCUGUAAAGUGAAAGAUGGAAUGGCAAGUUGGAGGCAGGCUGUAGCCUAGCUGUUACAUGUACAAGGAACAGUGCACUGAAGCCAAUCUUAGUUAGAUUUCAGUGUGUUAGCACUUUUCUUAUUUUGUAAUUAAAUGAGUUGCAUUUAAAUUAGUUAUAUUUAAAACUGAUUGGGAUUGCCUGACUGAUUCAAAUGAUAUUCUUCUAGAAAUAUAUAUUUAAAGACACCCUGGUUACUAAUAGAUUUCUAAGUUUCUCCUCAAAAUGGUGAUAGCUCUUACUUGCUAGCUAGAAAGCUGCUACUUGGUGUAGGCAAGUCCCAAGACCUACCUCCGAAUCCAACAAAACAAAACAAAAGCAUCCACAUAUGACAUUGCUCAGUCAUAUAUUUGAAUCAAGCUGGGAUUAGAAGGGGAAGAUUUUCAGUUGCAGCCAGAGGCAUGUGGCUGUGUUUGCAAAACACUAGCUGAAUGUAUUUAAGUAUAAGUCUAGAGAUGUUAGCCAUUGGGGUUUCCCCCCUGGUGAAGUAGGCAUUUGGGAAGAGAGCAUAGGUAGCUGCCUUCAUUUUGGUCAGACUUUUUGUCUACUUAGCCCAGUAUGGUUUUGUGUAACAAUCAGAGGUCUUUCGUGUUACCUACUCCUCUUUUUAACUUGAGAGGCCUGGGAUUCAAUAUGGAACCUUGAGCUUGCAAAAUAUGUGCUUUAUUGCUUAGCUACAGUUAAUUCUCUUAUCUAAUAUUACUGAUAUGUAUAGCUGUUUUCCUAACAUUUCCACAUGCAUAUACUUUAGUUUGAAUAGUGGGUCUGCCAAAUGUAUUCAUUGGAAGGCACCAUCACUCAAGCUCAGCAAAUAUCAACUGCAGGACAUCUUGAUUAAGGACAGAUUUUGGGUUGUGUUCAGUGUAGCACUAAUGUGAACAUUCUGUUGGUGUAAGGAUUUCUCCUUGUGCAGUGGUAUGUUCUUCCCCUGUGCACCCAUGAAAUCUGUUCUGGAGUUCCCCCAGCCCUCCAGAGCAGAUUUGGGGGUGAUGGGGGAGAAGAGGGGGUUUCAUUUUGCUAUUUCAAGAAUGUAGUUAAAUACCACCCUAAAUUUCCUGCUUUAUGUUGCUUUUUCUUGAGGAACAGCUAGUUUUGUUAUAAUAGUAAUAAAUCAUGAAGAAUUUCAAAGAUGUGACUUUGCUGGUGAAAAUAUUGAAAAUAACAUAGUAUAUGGACUGACUGACCAGAUCUCUAACAGUUAUGCAACAUGGGGCACAAUAUUAUAAUAAAGUUACUGAAAAUUCAUUUUCUUAUGCUUUUAUUUCUCUCACUGUACUAACUUAGAUGUUGCUAAUUGUUCAUCAAGGGAGGAGCAGACAAUUGAUUUUUUUGCCUACUAUAGGAUGAGAUCCAACAUAGCAAGAGCCAGCAUUUGUUCUCGUAACAAGCCAUCUUCUUCUCCUUCUCUCCCUUGCAUGCCCCCAAAUCUGCCCUGGCGAGUUGGGGGACCCUUGAGCAGAUUUUGGAGCUGCAAGUAGCUGGAGGGUGGAGAAGAGAAACCAGUAGUCAUAUUGCAUAAGCAAAUUUUCUUUAUGCAAGUGGGUGUACAUCAUUGCAUGUCACCCUUAGAAUGAAGUAUUUAUCUUGGCCUAGAUAGAAAGUUGCAUUUCUGUAUGUCUUGUGUUAUAUUUGUACAUCGACUGUAGUUGUCAGCUGAUCUUCUAAACAUUUUCAAUUCAUGCCAAUUUGAGAACUGCAAAACAAAUCUUAAUAAGCUUCCCUACCCAGAAAAUGUUUUACCAAAUUAUGAAAUCCCUGACAUUAUGCUAGCUAAAGAGAUCAUUUAAAUUGAAUGGUUCCAGUGAAUAUAUAAAAUACACAAUUUGACCAGAUAUCACUAAUCUGUGACCAAAUUAGUGCUGUGUCUAAAUCAUAAUUUGUUUCCGAAGGUAUUUCAAUCUUUUUACACACUUGAAAAAACAAAACCUGUGGAUCGAGUUUUGGUAAAAGCAUAGUAGUAAUUUUACAUUAUUGGUGCAAUGCAGCUAGACUAAACAGCUCUUCACUUUCCUAGAGCUGAAAAUGCCCAGUGAUAUUUUCUUUUUCAUUGCAACUAGGUCCUGGAAUGUGUUUUGAAAUGGCAAAAUCCAUAUUACAAAAGUAAAAUAGCUGUUGAAAGAUAACAGAUGCACAAACAGGCAAAGUUGAACCUUCUAUCUUCCUGGCAAAAAUGGCACAAAAACUGAGUUGCUAGCUCAAAUUCCUGUGUUUGAUGGAAUUAUGAUUGAGGCACUACCCUUGUAGUGGCCAUAUCAAGUUUUAAUGAUUGGUUAUGAGAGAUGUGCUGGAUGUUGGGCGGUAAGUUGAUACAGAUGUACAUUGACCUGUUAAGCGGAUAGCUUGCUUUAUUUGUAGCAUUUAACAGUCCGUUAUAAUUUUACACGUGUUUCUAUUUUACAUUUACAUUCAAACAUCUGUUGAACUGGUCUUUCAAAAUGUAAUGUGUGUUACUAAUUUAAUGGUCUUGGGUUAAAAAAAGGAAACUUUUAAAUAUGCUACCAAGUUUGCCAAGAUGCCAGAUGUUUAAAUAUAUUCAGCUGUUAAGGUCUUCAUUCUGGUCUGAAAAGAAGAAGUUGUGUUUCUUUUAAGGAAAAAACCUCCCAUAUCUUUAUCUUAUAUAUGUUUACUUAGAAAUGAGUCCAAGUGAAUUUAAGAGGGCUUACUCUAAUAUAAACGUGUGUAGGGUUACAACAUUAAUGAAGAACACUUAGCUCUAUAUCUAUCAAUUAAUUAAAUAACCAAAGAAGCUCUCUUUAAAUUUGUAAUAUUUUCCUCUACAAAUACAGCAAUGUAUUCUGCUCUUCUGGGCACAAAGCAAAAAUGUUUGGCUAAAAGAACUGUCUCCGGCAUUAAAAAGUUAUUUUUUUUUAAUUCGUAGUCGUACUGGCCAGAUGUAUGUGUAGAGAAAAUUGUAAAAUACAAUGGUUACCUGUUGCUGUACUUUGAGAAAGAUGUGGGGACAAAUGUUAUUUUUGUGUCUUGUAUAUUGUAAGAAUUCAUUUGCUUCUUUUACAUCCUUGUUUGGUAUUAUAUAUAUGUGUGUGUGUGUGUAGUGAAAUUAGACAGUAUUUGUCCUCUGCAACCAACAGAACAAUAUUUCAAGUCAGCUGGAAUGACCCUAAGUGAGAGGUUCACUGCUUAUCAGAAGUCUACUGAAGAACAUAGCACCCGGCAAAAGAGUCCUGAAAUACACAGGUGCAGUAUUACAUAAUUUUCGCUGCUUCUUGCUGAGCUGAAAUACUAGUUACUCUCCAAAAGAUAAGUAACUUCUUAGUGAAACAACAAGUUCCUUAUGGAGAAGAAAUUAUUGGGGGAAAUUGCCAGAUCAGAUGUGAUACAUACUUAAUUGUUAAAGUCUGGUAAUAAUAAAAAAAUGUUUCAUGAAUUGAAAAUGUUUCUGUAACAGGACACACUCCUGACUGGGGUUUUCUUUCUUUCAAAAAGGCAGGAGGUUGGAGAUUUGAAAGUGGGGAAUUUAACAUGAAUCCCUUGUCAUGGUUACUUCCUCUUGAGGUUUAGAUUUCCCCCCUGUGAAUGGAUGGAGACCUGUUGAAAUGGGUCACCCCUGAAGACUAAUGGGGGCUCUGUAGGACUUCUGGUAUGUUUGGCACUGCUGUUGAAGCCUUAGUUGCUCUGUAGAAUAUGGAGAUGACUUGGCAGUUGACAUCAUAGUGCCCAGGUGUCCUUCUCCUUAGCAGAACCUGGGCAGCAUUUGGUAUAUAGCUAUACUGAUACCUGUUUCUGGGGAAGAAGCAGGAUAUUAUUAUGGUUAUGGUUAUGGUUAUGGUUAUGGUUAUGGUGAGGGCAAUUAAACAAGAUGGGAGACAGCUUAAAUGCAGAGAAAUGGAAGACUUGUGCUGAGACCUGAUCAUUAUAUUGAGAUUAUUCUGUGGGAGUGUUGCUGCUAAAUUAAAAAAUUAUGUUCACCACUGUAUUCUCAGUGUUAUUUAGCUGAACCUUUCCAGAUGUAUAAAGGCCUGUUUACAGUGCAGUUCUGAAAGGCAGGCAGUAGGAAUACCACAAUGAGAUACAUAUGGAGUUGCCUUAGAAAACAGUCCAAAAAAUCUAGCUGGUUUAAAAUAGGACAAAAAGAACACCAAUGCUUUGUUAACUGCACUGACUCCUAGUCAAUUUCUGGGCCCAGUGUUGGUAUUGACUGAAGAUAGUCUCCUCCCGUGUAGAUGUACCUGGACCCCAAGAUCAUCUUCAGAGGUCUGUCUGUAGGUGCUCCCACCCAAUGAGGUGAGGUGGGUGGCCACUGGGUAAAGGGUCUUUUUAGUAGUGAGGCCCCAGUUGUAGACUGUUAUCUCCAAAAAGGUUGUGGUCUUUUUGGUGCCAAAUGAAUACUUUUUUAUUUUCAAAUGUCGUUUAGAUUUAGUGUAUUUUUAAGUUCUGUGCACUAUUGUUGUUUUCUGAUGCUGUUUUAAUUGAUUAAUAUUUUAUGUCUUUCUUCUAUUUUUACAUUUCAUAGCUUAACUUCUAUAUGUAAACUGCCCAGAGAAUUUUUUGUUGAUGGGCAGUAUAGAAAUAUUGUAAGUAAAUCAAUAAAUGCUUCAUUCAGUUUAAAUGGUAAUUGUGUAUAUUGGCAGGACCAGCACAAAAUUUCCUGGUACCUGAGGGCACAGCCAGCACUGCUUCCCAGUGUACCAUUCCCAUGGCAGCCAGCAAAUACCUUUUAAAUUUAACAGUGUACUACUUUUAAACUUUAAACUGCUUACUCUUCCUUAGAACAAGGCUGGGUGACCCAGUUCCAGUUAAAAGCCUUGUAGAAACUCCUUGAGUGCUAAAUAGAAGGAUGACCAGACUGAGGGACAGUGUGUGAAUAUGCUACUCUUCUCAGUCUGCCAUCUGAAGAGAAGGUCUCAGCAUAGCUAAUGGAUGGCCUGGGCCUGUUGGGGAGGGGAUACGAAACUUUAUGGCCAGGAUACAAAGAGCAAAGGGAACUAUAUGUGCUUUUUCCAUAGCUAUCCUCUGUACUGUAUCACAAACUGUAUGUAGUUACAAAAGUACAUACAGGGCAAUUGCUCAAAGAGAAUUAGAAUUCUCGCUGGGGCUUUCUCUGAUAUACAGCUCUUUGACUCAAGGCCUAAGUUUGCAAAAAGUUAAAUAGGAUAUAAAACAUUACUCCCUAACUCUAGCUAUGUGUGUUUAAGUGAAUGAUGAUACCUGUCAAAUGAACUACAGGUUUUGUUUUUCUCUGUGUGGAGUUGCUAUGUCUGUGUAUUGUUAAUGUAAAAAGGCAUUUGAAUUUUCUAGUUUGAAAUUGCCCCUGAAAGAAAAUGUUGCAUUAUGUGGUUUUUGAAUACUGCUGUUGGUUUAACUUCGUGGAAAUGUGUAGCUGUUGUUAUUUUGAUUUGACUGGUAGGUCUAUGGGUUUUAUUCUUGAGAUGUAUCUGUACUUUUAAAUGGGUUCAAUUUUAGACUGCACAAUGGCACUUCUUCUUUUGUGUUUCCAGUUUUCCACUUGACAGAGAUGAAUGUUGGCAGCCAUAAUUAUUACUUUUAAAAAUCUUGCAUUUAGGAGGAUUGACAUCUCUCCAAGUGCCCUGAGGAAGCAUACCCGUUUAGCGGGAGAAGAGAGAGCCUUUAAAGAAGAAACUCAGAAAGUAGGUUCUAAAUUGAUAUUCUUAAUUUUAGUUUUGGUUUAAAGCAUCCAAGCCCUUUAUCCAAGAGGCAUGUUUUACAAAUUGUGCUUUUAUCAUUUUAUGUCUUAAGUGAUAAUAGGUCUGACCUAGUUCUGAUCAUUUUCGAAGGAUGCAGUGGACCAGUUUUGUGUAAUCUAAUUGUGACAUUUUAUCACUUUGACACAAAAGGAUUACUGUACUUUUUGUUCUUAGAAAAAUAGACAAUGGAUUCUCUGAAUUUGCUUAAUUCUCGAAUUUGCCAGUCGCACUAAAGUCUUUCACUCUCAGGAGCAGUUUUUUUUCCUUUUAAGUGGGGGUGGGUGGGGGUGUGAUAUCCAGAAAGCCCUGUUUCACGAGUGGUAUCCUACCUCUGGCUUCAAUCCAUUAAUUACCAAUGUUAUCCACGAAGAAUGUAAAAUAAACUUUUCUUUAGACUGUCCUAGUAAUUGUUAAAGAUGUUGUUAUAUUGAAGUUUUGUUCCUGGAUAACACUUGAAAGCUUCUUUCAGGUCUGCUUUCUUUUUGUAAGAAUAACUUCUCAGUCCCAAUUCAAGCAAGUUUACUCUCUUCUGUGAAAGAUCAUUCUACUAAAUGUGCAAAAGAGCUAUUGGGAAAGGGAAUAUCGCUUACAUAGCUGGGUAACAAUGGAAUUCUAUGCCUGUUUAUUUAGAUGUAUUCCCACUAGGUUCAUUAUGAUUUACUUACAGGAAAGUAUGUAUAGGAUUGCAUGCAAAGAGGUUGAUUUCCUAUUUCAUUCUCUUAAGGGUUUUUAAUACUAAAACACUGCACAUUUCUGAUCCAGGGAGAUAAAAAAUUAAAGUGUGAUGCUGCAGAUCUUCGACAUGACAUCGACCGUCGUAGAAAAGAAAGAAGUAAAGAACGAGGAGACUCUAAAGGUUCCAGGGAAUCCAGUGGAUCAAGGAAGCAGGAGAAAAUUCCAAAGGAUUACAAGGAUUAUAAAUCUUACAAAGAUGACAGGUAAAAGGCUCAGCUCCCAUAACUAGGCUUUUAGCUUCUAAUUAGACUUUUGUAAUUAUAAGCUUAAUUGCUUUCAGUUAUCACUGUACAAUGGAACAUCUAAAUUUAAACAAUUAAAAUUAUUUGUUUUACAGCAAAAAUGUAUUUGUCUUUUACACGGCUUAUGGUGGAUGAGGACAAAAACUUUGGAAUAGCAAGCUAACACUGAAAAAAAAUGACAAAUUAAUCUGUCCUAUUAUCCAGGCUACAUCAGGAGGUUGGACUUCAAUGCAGUACAUUUCUGUAAACAGUUUGUGUAAGAACUUUGGUUCGUUAUGCUUGAUUCCGCACUUUUUCAACUCAUAACACCCAGAUUAUGAGAAUUUUACUGACAUGUAGGCUUAAUGUGGGAAAGGGGGGGUGAGAGUUAUUUCCCCCCCUCAAGACAGAUAGUGGGCUCAGAGGAACAGGUUAGUCUUUAAUAAAGCAACUUACUCAAUGUGAACUUGUAGCAGUGAUAAGAAUUACUUCAGGUAUAUCUACCUUUGGGGAUUUGUAUUAUAUUCUAUAAAAACUGUAAAAUCAAAUGUAUUUGCUUUGGGGAAAUUGAAUGUGAAGAUCAUAUUUUCCUGCUCUUACUUACAUAAUCAUGGAUUUACUUGCACUUUCUGUUUACUUUCUUACACUGAUGUCCAUACAACCAUCAGUUGCUGAUUAUUUCUGCACCCUGGGUUUAUAUAGCAAAAAGGCAAUAUCAAUUUUUGCUUCUUGGUAAGAUGUACAAAAUAAAUGAAAUAGUAUCACUUUAGAAUUUUACCCUUGGGGAUUUCCCCCUACCUUUUAUUCUCUCUUCCAUUGUAAAGCAUGCAUAUAUAUUUAAAUUAGUUUGCUGGCUAAUAGGUUCUCCUUGUUAGGUGCUAUGAGCCAUUAGCUGUUAAAGAGUUAUAGACGGAAACUGGAUAGUGUAAUAAUACUGCACGUUAGAUUCAAACAAGAAAAGAGGAUAGCUUCUAUGGGCACAGAAAAUAAAUCCUAUGUAUAGGAUGCUACAGCAAACAGUAUGGUUUCUUAUUUUUCAGUAAACAAAAAAGAGAGCAAGACCGUUCUCGAUCUUCCUCAACUUCCUCCCCAUCUUCCUCCUCAUCCAGUUCCCGAGAAGAAAAGGACAGCAAGAAAGAAAGAGAUGAAGAAUUUAAACCCCAUCACGAGCAGAAAGAAUACCCAGGUUUUACAGGAGUUGGAAGACCUAGAGGCACAUUUGUGAGUUUCUACCAUACUUUUCCUGUUUUUUUAAAAAAGUCAUAAUUGUAAUAACUGCAUUCAAAUUAUUAGGGUUUAGUUGUUUUAUGUGAAAUAUUAUGGAAGUGCAUUUUGAAGAAGUUCCUGCUGGAAAUGUAGUUUGCAAGGAGGAAAUAUAUAAAAUCCUAUCCUAGAUAGGGAUAUAUUUAUCUUUUUUGGCUUAAAAUAAUAAAAAUAUGCACAAUAAACAUCUAGCCACACCUGCGGUGUUUCCUAUUCUGUUCUACCAUUAGCUUGCACAUAUGCUUGGUAGUCAUGAUUUUAAGUGUUUGAAAAGUUGAUUGUGAAUUUUCUCACAGAAUAUUCUACCUUGUUGGUGAUACUUAAUUAAGGAGUAAGUUUUUCUGCUGUGUGUAUUCCUUUGUCCAUAUUCUUUGUUUUACUUUUUUGUAUUUCUAGUCUCUUUUUAAUCAUGAGCAGUGUUUUGAGCAGGAGGGACCAAAUUAACCAGAGUAAUGCGUGACUACAAGAGAAAACAGUGCCAUCUGGGCUUUCAUGUUCAGUGACAAAUAAGGAGCCAAGUCAUCCAUUAUUUGAGAUUGGCAUGAGAGACAGGUGUAUACAAUUUUAAAGCAGUUGCCUUAUUUGUAUUGGGCUAAAGUUCAUUACACUCUGGAUAGUAUCAUGUGCUUUAAAAUGGGAUGAGAGAGUUCUUUAUGGGGAAGAGCAAGAUGCAUUUUUACUGCCUACAUCUCAUUGCAGGCCAAAUCGAAUAAUGGAUUACUUCUACCCAACCCAAACUUCACUAGUAAGGUGUUGGUUUUGUGUGACACGUAGUCACAGUUAAGUAAUGCCCAUUAAUUGCAAAUGCCAAAAUCCUGAGGCCCUUAAAACUGCAAGAUUUAAAUAAUCCAGAGUUGGCUUGUUGUUGGCUCUCUUCUUUGCUGUGCUUAUGGUUUCAUUGUUUCAGAAUAGGGUAGGAUAGCUAAAUUCUUAAUAGUAAAAUAUUACAGUUUAUCAAGGGUACCUAAAAUAGGGCAAAGUACUUUAAAGAAUUACAAGAAAUUGUUAUGUUCAAUUGGACUGUGAGCAACCAGUAUUUGUAAAAACUGACCUAAGAAGUUACACAAGAAUAUAAUCAACAAUAAAGGGAUAUAUAACAUUCUUGUUAUGGAAUGACAUGUAUGCUGUGAAAUAUAAAGCAACAUUUUAACAGCUUAGUAGUUUAAAUGGGAAGAUGGAAUUGGGACUGGUUAUCAUUAUUGAGGGUGUGUCCAGUUUUAAAUUUUAAGAAACACUAUUACUUGGUGGCAAAUAAGUAUAUUAGAGAGAGAUGAUUUAGUGGUGCUUUCUUUUAUUUCUUUAAAGUAUUUUUAUUCUGCUCUUCAUAAAAAAAAAAAAGGCUCUGGUGUGACUUACAAAAAUCAUCAGAAAGGUAGUCCUUGCCCUUGGGCUUUAGAUCGAAAGAGAGACACACAGAAGCAAAAGGGGUUUGAAGGGGGGUGAGGAAACAAGCUCAUGUACUUGAGUUUCUUGUAAUGACCAGCUGGAAUUGAAAGAUUUGGGAAAGAAGAGCCGGAAGUUGCUGGUCUUUCAGCAGACUCUUAAUUGGCGCCCAAUAAUUUGGUUUGUUUUCUUCACAUGAUGUGAGUGGACUUAAAGGGCAAUACAGUGCACUUGCCCUAGCAAUGCAAUCCUGUAUGAAAAUUCUGUUUACCCAUAUUAUAUAUUAGACUUGGAAUUUACAUACUUAAUAUAAAUGUAUUAUGUACAUUUAAGAACCUAAGCUUCAGGCAACCUAUUCUUUUCUUCCUUAUAGCAGUUGCUCUUCCACAUCUGCUUCAAAACUACACCACAAUCUUUUUAUCUUUUCAAAAUGUUACCAAAGUCCAUUUUCCAAAAUCUUCAAAUUAGUUACUUAAUGUGGUUUAUACCUUAGUUAAUGGCUUUGAGUGAAUACAUAAUCAUUUAAUGUUUUUGGUGUAAGUAAUAUUGUGCCAUAUAGUUCCUGUUAUAAAUGAGCCUUCUAUAUGGGAUAGUGUAUGAAACAUUGAAAGGCAGCUAUGACUUGGACAGAACUGUGGGUCUUGCCAUGCCAGCAACUAGAAAAAGGUCAAGACUGUUUUUUAAUGCUACUUUUUUAAAGUUACUUGAAAGUAUUUUUCCUAUUACAUCUCUGUUGUGCUAUUUCAGUUAAAAUGCAUUUUAAAAAAUCUAGGCUCUUUCCUUGUCUCUUACUUUUUCUCCUUUCUUGCUUUUUAUGUUGAAUAUUCUAGACUACCAGACUUUGAUUGUUCAAUGUAAUGUGCAGUAAGAGAACAGUAACUCCCGAACACAUGUGUUUAAUUUCUCCAUCCUUCAAAGCUAGGCUUUUAAGCUGCUUCUUUGGAGAACUAGAAGCACCAGCAAAAAUUGCUGAAUUUUGUGCUUUCUAUGGACUACUAGACAUUAGAAAUUUCUCACUAUCAUAUACUACUUUUUCAAAGUGUUAUCUUGGAUACGCCCCUUUUAAAAAAAAUAUGUAAACGCUCUUCUGCUAGCUAGAAUGCCAUUACCUUAAAGUGGCAGUUAAAUUCUGUAGAUUGAUCCAUAAGCCACUUCAUUUGUGUGUGGUAUUAUCUGAUGAAUGAUAACAAAGCAUAUUAGUUCAUGCAUUAGGAAUUUAUCAUUUGCUUUGUGUAAACAAAUUAAAUGCAUAAAUGCUUUGGUUAAUCAGUUUCGAAUUAGGGGCAGAGGAAGAGCCAGAGGCGUGUUUGCUGGAACAAAUACUGGUCCCAGCAACUCAAACACUACUUUUCAAAAGAGACCGAAGGAGGAGGAAUGGGAUCCUGAAUAUACCCCAAAAAGCAAGAAAUACUUCUUGGUGGGUGCCAUACUAUUAUGCAUGCAUCUUUUCUCAAAGCUUGUCUUAUAAGCAAAUUUAUGUAGGCAAUAUCUAAAGCAUCUUCUUUCAUUUGAAGAAUCUUAAGAGUCCUAUGGGGGAGCAUUAGAGCUCAUACUUGCCUUUAUAUCCAUCUACAUAGGCUGAUAAGAAAUGACUAGCUGUAGAAGACAGGUCUUUUUGCACAACCUCUUGCUUGCCAGUUGUGAAGAGAAAAGGAGAGAAAGUCUAGCACUUACAACAGGCGUCCCCAAACUCGGCCCUCCAGAUGUUUUGGUACUACAAUUCCCAUCAUUCCUGACUACUGGUCCUGUUAGCUAGGGAUGAUGGGAGUUGUAGUCCCAAAACAGCUGGAGGGCUGAGUUUGGGGUGCCUGACUUACUCCUGCAAUACACUGUUGUAAAUACCUUAUUCUAUAGCAGAUUUCACAGUUGUAAUACUUUCAACUGUAAGGAGAUUGGCUUGCAUAAGAGCUGUGAGAGAAACCGAUAGUAAUAGCACCACUGGUUUCAGUUGAAUAAAAAUAAAAAUCUUGCCCCUCCUGUUCACCCCGACCGCCUCCCCCAAGUACUUGUUAGGCCCUGAGGAAGUUAUAAAUGCUUCCCUGACCCAAAGCCUUUGGUCAAUAUAUGACUAGAAAGAAAAGCACAUUUUUGCAUUGUAUUCUCCUGAUGCCCCUUAGACCCGCAUUUUUUGGGGGGGGGGGGAAUGUUUACAACAAACUUUACCUGCACCAUAACUUUGUGCUGCUUUUAUGAGGCAAAAGAGUUAUUUAUGCCUUCCCUAUCAGUGAUAGCCUGGUCGUCCAGUAUUGGGUAAUGGGCAAGUUUAUCCCCCAAAGGGUUGCCCCCAGAGUAUAGCAUUUCCAGUAGCAAUUCAUUUAUUGGAGGGAAAGUAAAAGCAUCCAUUCAAGGAAGACAAUGAAUUCCUGUCAUCUAUCCAAAGUGAUUUGGGCUUUGCAAUUCCUUAACUUGUUUUUAGCCUGUUUGCAUUGGGAAGAAAGUCAAGGCUAUAUCUGAAUAGCCUUGUCUGUCCUGUGUUCUGUUUCAUGGUCUACACUAUGUCAAUAUUGGGAACUGGCAUUUCUGUGUAAAAUCUUUCUGAUUGCUCACUUGGCAGAUUUUUAUAGAUGAAAAUCAAAAAAUGUAAUGCAAGUGUAAUCUGCAACAAAAUGUUAACAGUGCUUGUUCCCCUUUCCCCCUCCUCCAGCAGCCAGCCAACAUUUGUAGGCAUUGUACAUACCUAGCCCUAACUGGGCUGUUUUGUGAAUCCUCCACUUUGUUUUUUUGUACUUCUGCAAAAGUUCCUCUGAGUGUUGGCUAUAUAAGUUAUAGUUGCAACCACACUCAUUCCUCAACAUUGGAAAUUGAGAGAAUGAUAUGGUAGGCAUGGUUAGUUUUCUUUGAUUUUUUUGAUGUAGCAAAAUCUGCCAUGUGACUUUUCAGAAAAUAUGUAUAUUAACCCAUUAUUUACUGUUUCUUCCCAUACAUUUUUGCAUCCCAUCAAUUAGUACUGGUAAACCCGAGGGUGUAGUAUAGAUAAUUGAAACAUAGACAAUUUAUAUUGAAUCAGACAAGCAGAAGUUUAGAAGCCUGUGCAAAUGACUAAGAUAUUUUGUUGCACCUAAAACUGUGAAUAAUCUGUUCUGUGACCCUUCAAAUCAAUGAGGGCCCUUAGAUUAGUGGCACAGCAUAUGCUUUGUAUAUCUAACAUACUAAAUUUAAUCACUGGCAUCUCCUGUUAAGGGAUCUUUGGUAGCAGCUCUGGGAGAUGCCUGUACCCAAGACAUAGUUUUGCGCAAGCUUUCCAGUCCAAAUGGACAAUGCUGAGUUUGAUAGACCCAAUAUUCUAACUUGAUAUCGGGCAAUUUUGUAUGUCUGUAUGCUUCAGAACAUCAAGAACAAAUGACUCAGCUACAGUUUUUAGCUGUGUGAAGCAGGUGGCUCAAACUUUUCCAAAUAAAGUGUGUUAGAUGCUUAAUUUUCCAUUGUUAAUCCAUGUUUUACUCUAGCAUGAUGACAGAGAUGAUGGUGUAGAUUACUGGGCUAAAAGAGGAAGAGGUCGUGGCACUUUCCAGCGUAGCAGAGGAAGAUUCAACUUCAAAAAAUCAGGUAGCAGUCCAAAGUGGACACAUGACAAAUACCAAGGGGAUGGGCUUGUGGAAGAUGAAGAAGAAACAAUGGAAAAUGAAGACAAGGAGAGACGUAAAGAAGAAAAAGUAAGUAGUUCUGGUUUAUGAACUCCUUUAUUGCUCUACGAAUUCUAAUUCUAAUUUUAAAUGUCUUAAAAACCCAAAGUGUAAAUAGUGCAAACAUUUUCAUCUCUUUUUGCACAGGAAUAGUAAAUUUGAAGAUGACCUACAGCUGAAAACACCUAUGUGCUAUCUACACAGCAUAAUAAUAUGACUUGUCUUCAAAUGAAUGUAAGCAUUUUACUUAAAUUUUAUUGUUGGAGAGUAGUUUAGUUUAGUUUUUGUUUUUUGUUCUUUUGCAAUCUCACUAAAUAGUAACUGUUGAUGAUUAUACAAAAGCAAGUAGAAAAAGUACAAUACUAUUUGUCAUGAGCAACUUUUUAAAAUGUUUACUGAUUGUUAUAAGCAGUGUAACUUUGCUUUGUCCAGAAUAUAUGGUGAGAACCCUGAAAGUUGUAUUUCAUUGCCCCUUCCACAGCUGUGUUUAUUCUAAAGUAAAACUUAGGUCUGCACAUCUAAAUCUUGAGGCAGCAUUUUAAAAUAAAUCAGUACUAAAGAUCAAUUCUAUGAUGGAGUUAGUAAUUUCCUGAACUUUUUAUUUGUGUGGCUUAUGUUUAAAUUGCAGCAUAAUAUUUCUUUGACUGAUUUGGGUUGGGAGACUAAUAGUUUGUUUAACGCAGCCACCAAAUGUCUCAACAUUUGAACAGCACUGCAAGAUUAAGGAUUUGCAAUCUGUUUUCACAAAGCUUGGUAUUGAUCACGUUUGAGAACCUGAGUACUUUGCUAUCUUUUGUAUCCCAUUUUCUGAAAAAUGAGUGCAAAUAGGACAUUAUGCAAGUCAGUGUUGGGAUCUUAUUAAUUCUCUCAUACAUUCACAUUUCUAGAACACGAUGGGAGUUCUCUUCUGAACUGAUCUAGAUCUGACAAGUAGAGCUGUAGCUUAACAGGUGCUACGUUUCUCCGUCCACAUACCCUUACUGCUAAUGGGGAAAUGCCUCAACUGUUUGUGCAACAGCACUAAAAGUAGCUUGACCUUCUGCAUACUUUUCUUACAAGAAGACUUGUCCUACAUUCCAAACCUUUAGGCGUACGACAGAAAGAGGUAAAUUGUAGUGAAAAAGUUACCUUUUAACACAAGCAUGUUUCAGUGUCCCCCCCCCCCCAGUUUACAUGCAUAAUAAACAUAGUCUUAUGUAAAGCACUAGAUGCUAUCCAUUUAUAACAUUUAAGCAGUGUGUAUAACGAAAUGACAUUAUUACUGCAGGAACAUUAGAGGAAGACUCACUGACAUCUCAUGAAAGUGUCGGCCAGAAAACUCAUGGCAAUAUUGAUCCAGCUACCAAAUGUAUCAAUCUUUUCCCCAGUUUGUAAAAUAGUAUUUUCCGUGGGUUUUCUUCAGAUAAAUAACUUGACCAUUUGGAUAUCUUCAUGUUUUCAGUCUUCAGUGGAAUAAAGAUGUGAAAAUUCUAAAAUGACAUGAGACUUUCAUUUGCAGGUCCAACACAUGCCAUAGAAACAUUAUUAAAGCUGUAUGUUUAAGUCUCAGCUAUAAGGAUUCUUGGAGGAAAGUCUGACAUUCUAUUUUACAUUUAAAAACCACAUAUUGAAAGAGUAAUUUAAGCCAAACUUGAAUUCAUGUGUCCAUUUAAAAGCUGAAUACCAGUGUUUUGUCCAAUAAAUUCUACUGCUUGAAAUUAUAUUUCAGUAAUUGCUAAGUUCUGAAAGUCACACUGUUGGUACUUGAACUCUGACUGCUGCUGCCAGGUAUUAGACUGAAUGGCAUCUAUAAAUGCAAAGCAUUGAGGUGUACCGUUGAGCACACCCUGCUCAGUAUCUUAAUGAUAAUGUGCAAAGUACUGUAUUCAUUAGUAAAAAAAAUUCAUUCUUUUGUAAGGUAAACUGUGAUAUGAAGAUUAUGGUCUACAUUAUGACAUCACAACAGAGCUUCUCUUUCCAGUUCUCCCUUCAGCCCCCCCAAAUCUGUUCCAGAGAGUUGGGGAACCCUAUGGAGCAAUUUUUGGGAGCUCGGGGGAGUGAAAUUGGAAGCUCUGUUGCACAAGCAGAUGGGUAUUAUGGAUGCAGCCUAAUUUAUUCUUACCUUGUUAGGUUAAGUAACCAAGAAGUCUAGAUACAGCUGUCCAAAUUUCUUGUUUUCACAAAAUAAAUUCUAGGCUUUUGUAAUGUACGACCAUGCAUCUCCUUUAUAAAACUGUAGUUUGGAUCUAAAAGGGAGAUUUAUGCUUUCUUAAUCUAGUCACAGAUCACACAGGAUUUUAUUUUUAUAAGCCCUUGGGUGGAAGCACAGUGCCUAUUUUAAACAAGCAAGGUUACAACAACAGAGUUUACAACUAAAAUUAGGAAUAACUUUUUGACAGUAAGAAUUGUUUGAAAGAGGAACGAACUCCCUCAGAACGUGGUGGACCCUCCUUCAUUGGAAGUUUUUAAGCAGAGGUUGGAUGGCCAUCUGUCAUGGAUGCUUUAAGCUAGAUGACCCUCUGGGUCCCUUCCAACUCUACAAUUCUAUGAUUCUAAGGUAGAUUAGCUCAGAAGUCAUCAAUUUACAACAGUAGCAUAGAUUUGCAACAUUGGGAGCAAUGGAUUCUCUCUGACUAAAUCAUAUGAGCAGACCCAUUGAUAUCAGUGGGCUUAACUUAGUUACUAACAUAAGAACAUAAAAAGGGCCUGCUGGAUCACCAUCUAGCCCAGCAUCCUUUUCACAGUGGCCAACUGGAUGUCUGUGGGAGACCCACAAGCAGAAUUCAAGAACAAGAGCACUCUCCUCUCCUGGGGUUUCCUGCAACUGGUAUUCAGAAGCAUUACUGCCUCCAGUAGUGAAGGCAGAACAUAACCAUCAGGGUUUGAAGCUACCACUAGCUUACUCCUCCAUUAAUUUGUCUAAUCCUCUUUUUAAGCCAUCCAAGUUGGUGGCCAUCACAGCAAGUUCCAUAGUUUACUGUAACUAUACACUAUGAGAAGACGUACUUUCAUUUAUAUGUCCUAUUGGACUAUUACUAAAGUAGUCCAUUGAUUUCAGUGGUUCUACACUGAGCAUUACUUAAUCAGAUACAAUUCAAUAUCUACAAAAGGGGGGGGGGGGUUCUGUGAAGUAGUGGAAAAAUUGGCCAGCUCAUUUCAGGUUGACACGUUUAUGCACCAAAACCCACCCAUUUGAUUGAGCUGCAACUUGAUGUUCAGGAGGGCAGGUGUGCCCUUUAUUUUAAAAUCUAGUAAGGUAAAGGUAUUAUGACAUUGUCACAUUUAUUGAAUUCCCUGACAUCUUCUAUUUUCAGGAAGUACAGUCAGAUGUGACCCCUUCUGAUAAUAAAAGGCAUCAAAGUCUGAUGGUAGAAUGGUAUCCUUAGGCAUUGAAAUAAACAACUCAGUCCUAGAGGCAAGCCUAGUGAUGAUUAAUAUAACAACUGCAAAAUAAAUCUAUCUGUUGGCCCUCCAUAGCUCUUGCUUAUGUCAUUUCCCCACUAAUUCAGAUUGCUAAAGAUGUGUUCAAAGUGAGUUUUGUUUACUUGUAUACUAUGGUCCUGUCAAGUCCUGGGGUUUUGUGGGGUUUGAAAAGGCUAACCAAAAUAAUUUUGCCAUUGAUGUUUCUUCCUCGAGAAAUUCACAAAGUCACUUCCAAGAGCAUGGGCACUGACUAGCUUGCAACAAGCUUAGUUCUGGUAUACUGAACAUACUGACAGACAUAUGAUAUAAAAGCAGUGGAAGACAGGAGUGCCUGGCGUGCUCUGGUCCAUGGGGUCACGAAGAGUCAGACACGACUAAACAACAACAAACAGAACUGACCACCUCCAUCUACCUUCUCAUACACCAGACACACUUCUGCUCUAUUUCUUUAUUCAAACCCAGCCACCUUAAAAAAUGUGUUGGUGAUACCACUUGUACUGUUCCAGGAAGAACUGAUAAAUGAAAAUAAAUGACUUGGAC